UUGGUUUCGCAAAUUAGGGAAGCUGGUCAUAUUUCCUCCGUCCACCCCCCUGCUGCAUCCAUGGUCAAGAUAAUUGUGAUAAAGGUCACCAUCAAUUGCGGGAAAGACAAGAAGGACAUAAUGAAAGCGGUCGCCAAACUCGAAGGUAUCGACGAAAUGAAGAUAGACAUUGACAAGGGAAUGUUAACUAUCAAAGGAAACGUCGAUCCAGUGUGCGUGAUCAAGGCUCUAAGAAAGAAAUGUGGGAUAUGCGCGGAGAUCGAAUCGGUCGGACCACCACCAAAGCCUAAAUCACCCGAGAAACCUAAAUGCCCUAAACCUAAAUGCCCCAAACCUAAAUGCCCUCCACCGUGCCCCCCUUUGCCGUGCCCGCCUCCACCAUGCCAUCCUCCAACGUGCUGUAGUAAGCCUCGUCCCCCUUGUCCUCCUCCCCCUUGUCCUCCUCGUCAUUGUGAUUACGAUGGGAACUCCUGCCCCAUUCUUUAAACGAUGACUUGGUGUUGGCCACCUUCGCGAAAAUCAUGUGUUCUUACUUAUGUCAAAUUCUGGCGACAGGACAAAUAAAGGGGUCGUCCCUUGCCAAAUGUUUAUUGUCUUUCCAAGAUAUCUGCUCCCCAGCAUAAUUCAUAUACAUGCCUCGUAAAGGAUAGUUUAUCAUAUGCCGCAGCUGUCAUUGACUUAUCGAUGUGACAUGACUGAUUUUGCCCAUUUGUUCUAUCGUUGUCACGCUUAACAAAUUAGUCACUGGCAUCAGUAGAAUCUUGCGAUGAGUUCCCCAGUACGUAGGAAGUAGCCACUGUACCAGGAAUUUUGAAUGGUAAAGAGU